AUGGUGAAUCCAAGUAGUCGAAGCUCGCAUUUGAAGAUUGUUUUGGUGCUUCCAGCGAAACCAAAACACGUUGUUUCUUCUGUCGUCUCUCAUACCCUCAACAAGUUCAAAGAUACAUCCAUUGCUCAUUCCACCCUCAUUUCGUCAUUUUCACAAUUUGGCACCGGAAUUUUUACCCCCAAAACGAUUUCAGCUCGGUUUCUUUCAACAUCUUCUUGUAAUCGUCAAACACCGGUUAAUCAUUCUCGGUCUAUAAGUGAGAAGAUUACUAACCUUGAUGAUGCCCUCCAACUGUUCGAUGAAAUGACUAAGAGGAAACCUCUUCCCGCAGUUUUCAAAUUUACCGAAUUAUUGCAAGCUGUUACCAAAAUGAAACAGUAUUCUUGUUCGGUUGAGCUUUUUAAACGAAUGAAUGCCCUUGGUGUUCCUGUAAAUGCCUACACUAUUAGCAUUGUGAUCAAGUGCUGCUGCCAAAUGCACUGCACAAAUGAAGGAUUUGCAGUCUUAGGCUAUGGCUUCAAACACAAUAUAUUACCAAAUGUCUGCACCUUUAGCACCCUCUUAAAUGGACUUGUCCUAGAAGAUAGAUUCUCAAAGCCGAAAGGACUUUGCAAAUCUGGUAACAAUGAUACAGCCAUUGCUUUGCUUAAACUAAUGGAUGAAAAGGGUUGUAAACCUAAUGUGGUCACAUAUAACACCAUCAUUGAUAGCCUUUGCAAGGACAAAAUGGUAGAUGAUGCUUUAAACCUCUUCAAAGAAAUGGUCUUCCACAAAGGCAUAUUACCUGAUGUUGUCACUUACACCUCUUUGAUUCAUGGCCUUUGUAACUUGUGUCGUUGGGACGAAGUCGAUAAAAUACUUAAAGAAAUGGAAGAGCAAAGGAUCUCCCCAAAUGUUCAUACAUUUAGUAUAUUAGUGGAUUCCCUUUGCAAAGAAGGUAAGGUUAAAGAUGCAAAAGGUGUCUUCAACUUAAUGAUCCAAGAAGGCAACGUUCCCAAUGUAGUGAUAUACAAUUCACUUAUUGAUGGGUAUUGUUUGCGAGGUGAAAUGAGCAAAGCAAGGGAAGUUUUAAAUUUGAUGGGGUCUCGAGGUCUGUUGCCUAACGUUGUUACUUAUAGUAGUUUAAUGAAUGGGUAUUGCAAGAAACUGAAGAUAGAAGAAGCCAUGGAUUUGUUUCAUGAAAUAACUAAAAAAGGUGGUAUGCAACCGAAUGUGAUCACUUACGGUAUCAUGAUACAGGGAUUGUUUCAAGCUGGACGUUGUGAAGAUGCAUGCGAACUCUUUAAUGAGAUGCGAGCACACAAACUGAUUCCAGAUGAAACCACUUACAUAAUAGUCUUGAAGGGUCUAUGA